AUGGCUCCAAAACUAAAUCCAAGAAGAGGUUCUAGUCAAGUGAAUAUUGAAAACGAAGAUGCAACAAAUGAAGGAGAAGUAGAAACUGUAAAAGCAAAAUGGGAUGAUUGGAAUACUGAAAUAUUUUUGACUAUCUGUGUGGAAGAGAUACGAGAUGUUGGACAAGAGACUGGUCUUGGUUGGGAUCAUGAGAAAAAAACAGUGUUAGCUUCUGAAUCUUGGUGGACUGAUAAGAUUAAUAUUAAUCCAGAAUUCGCUAAGUUUAAGAAUGAAGGUCCUAAAUCUUUAGAUAGGCUUGAACAAUGUUUUAAGGACAUCGUAGCUACUGGUUAUAGUGCUUGGGCGCCAUCGGAAGAUCCAAAUCCUGAAGAAUUUAAUCAGAACAAUGAGGGUUUCGAGAGUGGAGGUGACAUGAAUUAUACAAAUGAAUUUAUUGAAGAAGACAUUGCAAAUUAUACAGUUGUUCAAAGCCCUACUAGAGAGAAAAGAAGGAAAACUUCUAACAAAAAAGUUGAGAAACGAGCUGGAAUAGCAUCUAGAUUACAGGACUCACUUGAUCGUAUUUUGGUUGGUGUGGAGUCAAAAGCUGCAACUAAGGGAGAUGAUCCUUACUCCAUCGAAAAUUGCAUCAAGUUGCUACGCAAAUUACCUGGCCUAGAACCAUAUAGUCCACAGUUCUAUUUGGGAAUUAGAUUAAUGGCUAAGCCACAAUAUAGAGAAACUUUCAUUGCAUUGAGUGAUGAUCCCAAUCAACAACUUGGAUGGCUAGAAUCUUUUAAAUUGGAUGAUAUGAACCGUCUCUAA